AUCGAACUGGAGUACGGGAAGCUGCUAUACGUUCGCCUAACCAGCAUUGGAGAGAUUGACGACAGCGGACGCCGCCAGGUUCACUUCGACUACAACGGCCAAGAGCGUAGCAUAUUCGUUGAUGACAGGGAAUAUGCCGAGAGUAAACGAGAACGAGCCAAAGCAGAGGACGGUAAUCCGAUGCAUCAUGGAGCUCCAAUGAAAGGCAGGAUUGUGGAAAUCAAAGUAAAAACGGGCGACAAAGUUUCAGUGAAGCAGGACCUCUUCGUUUUAUCGGCGAUGAAAAUGGAAAUGGCGAAGCAAAGCAGUGUCGGCGCGGGAUUGUCAAUCAAGCUGUUUGGCUCGCAGUUGGAACAUUUGUCAACUAAGACUGGGUGGUAA